CUGGGGGCGGGGCUUCAAGCGAUUUGGCCAGUAGGGUCCAUCUUGGGAAGCGGCACCGCACAAAGGCACCAAUCAGAGGGAGGCGCCUGGUGCAUCUUCCCGGGCUGGCCCUGGGUGGUGACUCCAGGAGCUGAGGCUGGAGGCCCGGCCAUGGGGGCGGAGCCACGGGGGUUCUUCGGCGUCUACCUGCUGUUCUGCACCAACCCCCGGUACCGGGGCCGCAUCUACGUCGGCUUCACCGUGGCCCCCCAGCGCCGCAUCGGGCAGCACAACGCCGGCAAGCGCCGCGGCGGGGCCUGGAAGACCAGCGGGCGCGGUCCCUGGGAGAUGGUGCUGAUCGUCCACGGCUUCCCCUCCGAUGUGGCUGCACUGCGGUUCGAGUGGGCCUGGCAGCACCCCCACACUUCUCGCCGUCUCUGCCACGUGAGCCGUCGCGCCCGCCGGGAGACCCGCUUCGAUUUCCACCUCCGGGUUCUGGCCCACAUGCUUCGCGCGGCCCCCUGGUGCCGCCUGCCCCUCACGGUGCGCUGGCUGGAGCCAGGCUACCGCCGGGACUUCCCCCCCACCCUCCAGCCCCCCCUGCACAUGCCUCUGGCCUUCGGGCAGGUCCGGGCACUGGGCCGAGCCGGGGGGGGCGGGGAGCGGGAGCAGGGAGAACUCGCCCCCCCACUGGGGCAGGCGGCCCAGGCCCAGCGCUGCAACCUCUGCCUGAAGAGACUCCAGGAUGCGGACGGCCCCCCCCUGCGCUGCUUCCACCCCGGAUGCCCCCUGGCUGCCCACCCCGCCUGCCUGGCCCAGGAGUUCCUGCGGGAGGAGCCGGAGCAGUUCCUGCCCGUGGAGGGGCACUGCCCAGGCUGCAAGAACCUCCUCCUGUGGGGCGACCUGAUUCGCUACCACCAGGGUUGCUAUGGAGACUUGGAAGAAGUCCCUGCCUCCUCGCAGGGACACUGGGCAGAAGAGCUCCAGAGCUGAGGACCAGAGGGGAGGAGCCUGCGCUGGAAGGGGCGGGGCGAAGGGGCGGUCCCCUUUGCCCCGCCCACUGGGAAGAUGGACCCGCCCCCUCCUGGAUUCCGGGGGGCGCAGGGGAUAAUUAGGGGAUUCCAUGAAAUAAAAAUCCCAGGAGA